AUGGAAACAAUGAACGAAAAUUAUAUAAACUCGCUGAAGAGGCUGAAAGAGAUUUCCAAAACGAUUGAAUCUACAUUGCAGCAGAAUAAUAGAUUAAAGAGCAUAUUAGCAAGUGAAAUGUAUUUUAGGAAAAAAUGUGAAGCCUCCAUAGAAACGAUUGAAAACACCACAGAUAAACAGGAAUGUUUUAGAAAAGUGUCUAAAAUGAAGUCAAGGGAUGAGAUAAAAAAAGAGUUGAACGAGGAAAUAGCCCAUUACGAUAAACACACUCCCCAUCUAGUGGAUUUACGAAAAAAGCUAAUCGAUAAGCUGUCAAAUUUGAAGGAGCAGUACUUAGAAACGCAUGAAUAUAUUGAACGGGAGGCGAACAGUGCUUCUUAA